AUGGUGACCCUGAUAUCGGAAGCGCAUGCGAAAUGCUGGAUCGCAUUCGAGGACCUUGUUAGUGCCUUGAAUCACCCAGUCCGCGAUUUCAGGGCUCAGCUCCCGCCGAAAGAGAUACAUGACGAAUUCGAUAAAUACAAAAUCUGGGCGGGCAAUACCGGUGCUGCCCACUCUGGAAAGCGGUUUGAGAUUUCCCUUGACUAUCGGCUUCGAGAGGCAUCUUUCUUCAAGAAUCAGGUGCUCGGUCUCUUGAAAACCUUGGAGGAGAAAGUCAGGAGUACUGCUAGCCUCGUUCGCAAUGAGAGAAAACCAUUCGAAGAGGAAGAUAACGAGGAGGAUGAGGAUGAUGCUAAAGCAUCGGCUUCGGAUGCUACUGAAGAGGACGAUGAAGAAUCGGAAGAAACCCCAAAGUCAGAAAUCCCUCGGCUACUUGAAUCUAUCAAGUUUACUAUCGCCUCGCUAUAUCGAAUUCCCAUCCGAAAGCCAGCUCCUCUCGAUCGCCUUAAGCAUAAGACGUCGCUAGAUUCGUCAUCAUAUCAGCAUUUUGAUGUUCUCUACGUUGUGGACAAGUUCAAGGAUCUAAACCCAGAUCUAGCCACUCGACUAGGGAAGGCUAUCACCCGCCGACGCCAGGUUCUACGCUACCGAGAGGAUCACAAAAGUAGUCUUGAUACUUCUCGGGUAGCAAGUAGUCGUUUUACUCUACGCUCAAAAGCUACUACUCUAAUACCUGGCGACACAUCGCUCAUAGUCUCCGACACUGUGCUUGAUUCGACUGCGCUAUACCCGCCUAGUGUUGCAGAGUCAAAAUCAUCCAUGGCAUCCAGCUUUGCCGGAAAUGACUUAGCUGUAGAAGUCCCUCCCAGGCCGAAGGGAGAGGAUGGAUACGAGUUGGACUUGUUCGAGUGUCCGUACUGCUUGAUCACGAAAAAUAUUACGACGGAUCGUCAGUGGAAGAAGCACGUCCUUGAGGACCUCCAACCGUAUAUUUGUACAUACGAAGAUUGUGACCUGUAUGACCACUUUUUCGAGAACAGAGAUGCAUGGUUCAAGCAUGAAGCACAGCAUCACCGGGCAAAAUGGUUCUGCAAUACUGACCAUCACCCUGAAUACGACAUGGAGACCGAUUUCAUCAAACACAUGGAGCUCGACCACAAUACUACGUUCGAUCACCAGCAAUUUGCCCUUAUCCGGGACAUGUUUCGUCAACCAUCACGAAGUAUCGAAGGGACUUGCAAUCUUUGCAGACGACAUUCGAAGAGAAUCAAAAGUCACGUCUCCCGGCAUCUACAACAAAUGGCACUGUUUGCGCUUCCA